AUGACAACAAUCAAAUCAUUCAAAUCAACGCAUUUGUUAAAAAUUAACAAAAUUAACCUCGACUAUUGGACUGAAACAUACUCAAUUAGCUUUUAUCAAGAUUAUCUUAUUAGGAAUCCAAAGUUAUGCUUAUCUAUUAGUCACCCAGAUGAUAGUCUAAUGGGCUAUUUAUUUGGUAAGAUUGAAGGUAGAAAUAAGGAACUACAUGGUCACGUUACAGCUCUAUCAAUUUCACCUUUAUACCGUAAAAUCGGAUUAGCGAGUUUAUUAAUGAAAAAAUGUGAAGAAUUAUCAAACAAUCUAGAUAAAUGCUACUUUGUUGAUUUAUUCGUUAGAUUAACAAACAGUAACGCUAUAAAAAUGUAUACAAAACUCGGUUAUAGUGUAUUCAGACGUGUGGUAGGAUAUUACGGUGAUAAAGAAGAUGCAUAUGAUAUGAGGAAGUGCUUAGAUAUUGAUAAAGAAGGUAUUUCUAUACGUGAGAAUGGUCAUUUAGUUAGAUGUUCACCUGAAGAUACAAUAUUUAAUUAAUUUGUACAGAAUAU